GCCAAGCCGGGCCAAGUCCGCGUCCUCGCUGCCAUCGAUCCUGGCGAGCACGCCACUUUCACACUGGCCGAGGCCGCCGGACGCGGACCUAAGCAUUACGGGCGCGCGGCGCCCGGCGACCGCGAAGCAGCUCCGGAAGGCCGUCCAGCGGCCCGGAAGUUCACCACCUGGGCCAAGGAGCGUCUGCUCGCGGUGGUGCCGCGGGACGGCUUC